CCCGCGAACACGUCUCGGCGCGCGAUCUUCCGUCCCGGUGAGUCGCGAAUGAUACCGAUCGGCGCGAUUCUCUUCGCGCCACGCGAACUGAUGGAUCGCGCGCGUUGCGCAAUAAAGUCAACGAGUGAUUAAAAAAAAAAAAAAAAAAACAAAAUCGUCCAGCAAAAAAAGAAGAGCCCUAACGCGACGGGGAUUCUGCGGGCAAUAGGAUGUCGCGGGGAAUCAGCGUCUACGGGCUGCUCGUCCUGUGCGAGCUGACCAUGUCGGCCAUGGUCUUGCCAAGGCCACCCUCGUCACCUAAUCACAUCCGCCAGGAUCAGGACUUGUCCUCGCGCAAAGCGCUCGAAGGCAAGUCUCUGCACGGCGGCCCACGAGCCGCCGUCGCCGCCGCCACCAACGUGGAGAGACCCGACACCGAGGACUACAGACUUCUCGAGAUCGAGCUGCAGACCGCGGACGAGAUGAACGCCGCGAAUCUUCAGGGUCUGGUGCGCGCGAUGCUGAAGCAGCAAACGCCAACCGACGGCUAUCCGCACCCCGAGGUGAUUCCGCAUUCGAUCGUCGGCGUGCGCGACAUGGGACUCGGCCUCAAUUAUCGCCUCGACACCUUCGACGACGACAAACGCGUCCUGCUGAGUCCGCCGAAGUUGCAGAGCCUCGACGAGAAACUGUACUACCUGAAGAGCGGCAGGCCGAAGGUCUACGUGAACGUGCGCGGUCACAGCGGCUCGUUCCGGAAAGACACCACCGCGCCUACGGCGACUACGAGCGACGGAGCGGGAUUCCUCAGGGUCACGCGGCCCUUCGAGCGGCAGACCGACUGGAAGGUGCGCGACAAAAAGGCACGGCCGCCGAAAAAAUUCGAUCGUCACGUAGACGGAAUCAUUCCGAAGAGCGUGGAAAUCGACAGGACGAACGAUCAAGCGGUAUUUUACGAAGCGAUCGACGACGAGCUGUCGACCACGGAAAACUCGAUGGUCACCUCAAGCGAGCUGCCGAAACAGAUACCCGCGCCGCCCAGCAAGAUCCGCGGACGGGCUCUGAUGAUGGCGCAGACCACGCCCGUGCAGAGGUACGCGCUCCGAAGAACGGACAUUCUGCCGGGAUACGGCUUCGUCGAGGAAUGAUCGGGAGAGCCGCUUUCGUGAAACACGAUUCUUUUUUCUUUUUUUCCGAAAAGAGAACGCGACGACGACGCGCGUCUCGCGAAGACAAUAUUCCCGAUCGCGUUCCGCGUUGCGAUUCAAAAGUACAAAAAAAAAGUGCAACAAAGAAGAUUGAUCGAUGGCAAUCAAAAAGAAACAAAAACCAAACACAAAGUUACAAAAGAAGCAAAAGAUAAGAAAAAUUACAAGAUUAAAUUAAUUAAAAUAUUUUCUUCAAUCGAAACGUCUAUCGAUUUCCGUUUGUCACUUUGCUAAUGCGAUAUGAUCCAAAAUAUUUUAUUCGACUCACGUAUUUGAUCUUUUUAUUUUUAUAUAUAAGCAUUACUAAUAUGUUGUUUAACCUCGAUGAGAGGGGGGAGGGCUAGCUGUGAUUGCAUGAAAAAAAAAAAGUUUUGUUUCGCCUCGUGGCGCGGACUUAACGUUCCCGAUAUUAAAUUCGACGUCGCGAGUACCGGCCUUGAGUUUAAUCGAUGCGAAGCAUAAAAAGCUUACGAUAGGAGUAGCGGUAAUAUAUAAGCAUCGUUUUAUUUAUACAGAUUAAUAUAUGCUUGUGUAAUAUAGAUAACUAAUAUAGAGCUCUAAGAGAGUAUAAAUAAUAAUAAUAAUAAUAAUGAUAAUAUGAAAGAUUUUACGAAUAAAAUUUGCAAUUUAGUAACGAAAAGAAAAGCGCGAAAUAUUUUUCAGUCCAAAAUAUUUUUACGAUUCUCUCUUUACACAUACGUUGCUCUUUGACUAUGACUCAACCUUUAUCUCUAACGAAUGAAGACAUAAAAGACGACGCAGUAUGCUAAUGUCGGCAACGAG